UUCAGUUCCCUCCAAGUAUUUCAUUCACGCUCUUAGCCCUAAAUUCUAAUCCUAGUUUUGACCCUAAAUUAGUUCUCACAAUCGCAUUCCACUCACAAUGAACACAACUCACCUUCAUGCUCCUUCUUCCUCAUCGUGAAGGCUCACCAAGCUCUGACCUGCUUCUCUUUCUCACAUCUUGCUCACGGUUCUGACCCACUCUAGUGAUUCUGCUUUCUGAUCUGCUCCUAACACGAAGGAGGAAAGGCACUGACUCUCCCCUGGCUUGAUUGUUCCACUUGAGAAGGAAAUAUCUGAAAAAAAUGCAGCAAAUUGGGCUAAACAAGUGAUCCCUCAUACACUGGGAUCAAAGUCACUAGCAAGAAAGAGAGAUGAGCUGGAGUUGCAAGAUGGACGACCGUAUAGUAGAGCAGACAUGUAUCUUGUUUCUCAUCAAAAGAAUGAUGUAACUUAUGUUAAUGAUGAGGCUAGACUCAAAUGUGACCAAUUGCGCACUGCAAUUGAAAAUUGUUCUUCUGAGAGUGAAGCCUUUGUUGAUACUUUUGGGAAGGAACGUCCUGGAUAUGUACGUGGCAUGGGACCUGGAGUAACUCCAAGUCAGCUCACUAUACCUAGCUUCAACAGGUCAACCCUUCAAAUUGAUGGUUUGAUUGAAAAAAUGCAAUCUGAAAUUGAAUGUCUAAAGGAAAAAGCUGCUGAAGUUGAUGCUUUAAAAGCACAAGUUGCUGAGAUGGAUGUUUUGAAGGAACAACUUGCUUUCCUUAUGCAAGUUCAUAAAAAAAAUGGGGUUGUUAACUUGGAAUCACCGAGAGAAACGAGGCCGUCUUCCUCCUCUAGUCAUGUUUGAAGAUCAAGGAGCAUCAUCACAAAAGACUAUUUAGAUUUAGAAAUUUUCAUGUUAUGAACUUCGUAGACCAUGUGUGGAAAAUACCAUUGUGUUUAUUUCCUUUUGGUGGAACAUGUUAUGUGCACUUUGUGGAACAUAACUUAUAUUUUGGAUUUGUGUUAAGCACUCUUAGCUUCAUUGUGAAAAA